AUGCAUGAAUUGGCCGCCGAACUUAGUGAACCGCUUACAUGCGUGUUUACAUUAUCGCCCGACAGCUGUGCCCCGUCUUCCGAAUGGAAGGACGCAAUCAUCUGUCCGAUCUUUAAAGACGGUGACAGUGCUCUGCCAGCGAACUAUCGGCUUGUCAGUUUGACAAGGGUAGUAGUUAAGUUAUUUGAAGAAUUGGUGAGGAAUAUGGUGGAGAACCACCUGAAUAAACUUAACGUUCUCAGUGCUGCCCAACAUGAUUUCCUUAAGGGAUUUUUGUGUCUGACAAAUUUACUUCUAGCUUGUGAAAUUCGG